AUGCACCAAAUUCUAGAUCCAAAAGUAGACAUCGUCCGGGUAACAAGCAUUAAACUUCCGACUAUCGGAUCGUCCCGUAGGCAACAACAUCAUCAUGACUCCUCCACCUCGACCUUAUUCCCACCUCCAACCACUGCCCCCCACCAUCACAACACUAAAGACAAAAACAUGAAAAUCAUCAUCAUCGGCGCCGGCAUCUCCGGCUGCGCCGCAUAUCUCACCCUCCGGAAACAUCUCCCACCACCACCCCCAUCAUCCUCACCCACCCAAGACCACGAAUACACCAUCUACGAAGCAUACCCCACCACCAUCGACACCACCUCUGACGACCGCCCCAAUGACGAACACAGCACCCACUCCGCAACCCUAACCAUAGGCGGCGGGCUCGGCGUAGCCCCCAACGGCCUCCGCGUACUCGAACGCCUCGACGAGGACAUUCUCCGCGACGCAGUCAGCGGCGGAUACAUGGUCGACCACAGCAACCUGAAAGACAAACACGGCCGGGUGUUGAUGCGACUCCCUUCAUCCAGCACCACCACCACCGGCAGCAGGGACAGCGAUGGAACUACUACUACCCCAAUGCACCUCCUCGGCACAAGCCGACAUAACAUCUGGCGAUGUCUGCGCAAACGCAUCCCAGACAGCAUCAUCAUCAAUAAGCGAGUAGCGAGUGUAACCGCGCACCCUACCCACCGCAACACAGUCACCUUCGUUGAUGGAAGCGAGCCCGUACACGCAGAUCUUGUCAUAGGCCUAAUCGGCAUCGGCGGCUUCCUCCCCACCAGCACCCUCCCACCAACCAUCCCCCGACCGGAACCAGGAUCCAUGAAUUUCUGCUUCAGCGGAACAGGGUUUUUCGGCUACUUCUACGCUACUAGCUCUCCUACCUCUGUUGAUCGCUGCUCCGCAUAUCAUAUCUCCCCGCCGGGGGAUACAUUAGCUUGGUGGACUACAUACUCAACACCUACUUCUUCUUCUUCUUCCACCCCACCUAAUACUCAAGAUCUAGAUAUGGAUGACGUGACGGCCCAACUCCAGAACAGAUUCGCGUCAUGGACUGACCCUCUCGUCCAUCAUAUUAUCCGUUCUGUGCAGGUGCAGACGAUGUGGCCGACCUGGACGAGUCCGCCACUUCCUACCUGGGAGAGGGAGGGGGUGGUGCUGGUGGGGGAUGCGGCGCAUGCGUUGCCGUCGACGUCGGGACAGGGCGCGAGCCAGGCGUUGGAGGAUGUGGAGGCUUUGGGAAGGUUGGUGGCGCAUGAGGUGGGGAUUGGGUAUCAGGAACAACUGGUGUUAGGGGUGUCUGGUGGGGUGGAGGGAGAGAAACGGGCUAUUCAGAUGGCGUGUAAACGGUAUGUGGAGAUGAGGAUGCCGAGGGUGAGGGGGAUAUUGGAUCGGGCGAGGGGGAUGCAGAAUAGUAAGAGGGAUAUGGGGGUGUUUGGGGAGUGGGUGAUGUAUUGGGUGAUGUGGGUUAUGGGUAUGUUUUCUUUUUUUUAUUUACUCCUUUUGGUGAUGUGUGUAUGGGGAUAUGCUAAUGUGUUUCGUCUGGGGGGUAGGGUUCUUUCCAGGGUUGCUUGGGAGGCAGCAGCAGGAGGUGUUUGA